AUGCCCAGACCUGGGUGGCCUUCCCUGCUUCUGCUGACUAUUCUGGUGGCCCUGGUGGCCACCACAGACCCAGCCAAGAAUCAGGUGAAGGUGUUGAGGAAAUUAGAACACAUCGAUUCUUCAAAUGCCAACGUGAAACAGUGUCUGUGGUUUGCCAUGCAAGAAUACAACAAACAAAGCGAGGACAAGUACGUCUUCCAGGUGGUCAAGAUACUACAAUCCCAGCUGCAGGUCACAGAUCGUAUGGAAUACUUUAUUGAUGUGGAAAUUGCCCGCAGCACCUGCAAAAAGCCUUUAAACAACACUGAAAACUGUGUCAUUCAAGAAAAAUACAAACUGGGAAAGAAAGCAAUUUGCAACUUUUUGGUAGGAGCGCUUCCCUGGAAUGGAGAGUUCACCGUGAUGAAAACAAAAUGUGUGGAUGCCUAG